AUUUGCAUACAAAAAAUCCAGAAAACUCCCGUUUGCCCCUGCAUCUCGCUCAGACCCUCCGUCCGUGUCUGCCAGGCAGGAGCCCGGGCUCGGGGGCAGCUGCAUGCGGCAGAGGGGAGCGGCGCGCCAGCCCUCCGCCGCCUCUCCGCCUGCGAGCGCCCGCCAGUGAGGCCGCCCCGGGUCCCCCCGCGAGCGCCCCAAAAUGCAGCGCCGCCUCUGCGCCCUGCUGCUGCUGGCCUCCCAGUGCCUGGGCUCGGCCGCGGGGCUCUUCCCCUUCGGGGAGCCCGACUUCUCCUACAAGCGCUCCAACUGCAAGCCCAUCCCCGCCCCGAUGCUGCUGUGCCGCGGCAUCGAGUACCAGAGCAUGCGGCUGCCCAACCUGCUGGGGCACGAGACGGUGCAGGAGGUGCUGGAGCAGGCCUCCACCUGGAUCCCGCUGGUGCAGAAGCAGUGCCACCCCGACACCAGGAAGUUCCUCUGCUCCCUCUUCGCCCCCGUCUGCAUCGACGACCUGGACGAGAUCAUCCAGCCCUGCCACUCGCUCUGCGAGGAGGUGAAGGAGAGCUGCGCCCCGGUGAUGUCCGCCUUCGGCUUCCCCUGGCCCGACAUGCUGGACUGCAGCCGCUUCCCCAAGGACAACGACCUGUGCAUCCCCCUGGCCAGCAGCGACCACAUCCUCCCGGUCACCAGGGAAGCACCUAAGGUCUGCGAUGCCUGCAAAAACAAAAAUGAAGAUGAUAAUGACAUUGUGGAAAACCUCUGCAAAAAUGACUUUGCCUUGAAGAUAAAAGUGAAGGAGAUUGCCUACAUCAAUGGGGAUACCAAGAUCACCCCUGAAACAAAGAGCAAAACCAUCUAUAAGCUGAACGGGCUGACGGAAAGGGAUCUGAGGAAGAUUGUGCUCUGGCUCAAAGGUGGCCUCCAGUGUACCUGUGAUGAGAUGAACGACAUCAAUGUCCCCUACUUGGUGAUGGGGCAAAAGCAAGCUGGGGAACUGGUGAUCACCUCACUGAAGCGGUGGCAGAAAGGGCAGCGGGCUUUUAAGCGGUUCUCCCGCAGCAUCCGCAAACUGCAGUGUUAGUUGCCCCUGCUCCAGCCACAUCCAGCAGCUGCCUCCAUCCUGAGCUCUCUGGCCCCUCGCACUCCCCUGCUUCCUCCCCUCUGAGCCUUGAGGUGCAGCAGGCACGAGACACAGGGACCGUUCCCUGAGAGAGGAGGGAGGCCUCCGUUUUUGUACAUAGGUUAAAGUGUAAUAAAAAGUCAUGACUAUUUUGGGGAAGUAUUAAAGUAUCUUGCUUAAAGCUUUUUUUUUUUUUUUUUUCCUCCUUCCUUUUUUGAGUGCAAGUGUGAUUUUUGGUCCGAAGUUUUUCCCUCUUCCUUUUGGUAAUGUUGGUCAAUUUAUAUUGCUGCUUCUCUGUAUACAUGCAUGUUUGUUGUGCAAAAGUAGGAGAUGCAAAGAAAGACAGUCACAUGUGUGACUGGCCUGUCACAAUGGAUAUGACUUUUUCACCGAUGUGAAAUGGCUUGCCAUCUAUAUUAACACUAUAAAGAUCAUGUUACAACUCCUGCAUGUGAUACAUAGGCACCAAUAAGGGCAUAUUAACAUUCUUGCAUUUUUUUUUCCACAAGUCUGAGCCCUUCCCUGUCAGAGAAAUGAACAGGUUUUGGAGCUGGUUGAUCUGAAUGCAACUUCUGUUUUUAUAAUUUUGCAAAUUAAACCAUCUGUAGCCUACUUGUAAUAUACCUAGUGGUUAACCUGAAAGAGUUGUAAAAUAUUGCUUUAAUUAACCUUGUAAAUACUCCAGAUAAAUGUUAUAUUCUUGUAUAUAAACUUUACAUCAUAGUUUA